CACAUAUCAAGUUGCCCUUGCUUCAUUCUAAGCCUUAUACACCGACAGCACUCUUAAACUACUAUGCGACUCUGGGUAUUGGUUUUGUCAUCUUAUUCGACAUGGAUGUGUUUCUACUUGGAGCGUAGAUGAAAGAGGCUCAAAGAAGUACCUUGUUGAGGACAAGGGUAUACCCCACCUAUGCUCGGCGCGUUGGUACUAGGUAGGCAUUGAAUGAGGCACAGCACACACUAGAUUCUCGGGUUUGAUGAGGGCUACAUAUCUACACCGUAAAUUGUUGGUUAGCCCGAAGCUAAGUGCACGGUCUCGACUCUUCCAACGUACAAUAUAAACCAUUUCGAUUUCCUUGUCUUUGCUCUGUCCCCAGCUUGAGAUCUACUUAGUCCUAAGAUACGGGUUUCUGGGCUGAGAGGGGCAAUUACACGUUCAGGAUAAUCUGCCACGAUGUGGCCCUUCUCUCCAUACCCCGAACACGCGCCUUCCGAGGUUAACGGGAAAGAAUAUGACUACAUAAUAGUAGGAGGCGGAACCGCCGGUUGCGUUCUCGCAUCACGCUUGUCGGAAGAUCCCCAUGUCUCGGUACUCGUUCUGGAUAAGGGCCACGUCAAGGACAACAUGAUUUCGCGGAUACCGCUAGUAAGCCAGAAUUUACACAUGAGCGACCCGCUGCAAAUCCGGGCUGAUCGCUGGUCGGAACCUAUCCCCGGCGUUAACGGGAGGAAGACGCAUCUUUGGGGUGUUGAGGGUAUCGGCGGUAAUUCGCGGGUGAAUGCUAUGUUAUGGACGAGAGGAUCGCCGGGGGAUUACGCGGCGUGGUCUGAGAUGGGUUUUGGUGAUUGGGGUUGGGAGCAAGUCGAACCGUAUUUUCGCAAGAUUGAGAACGCAGUCUCACAUCCCAACUCCAAGUCCAGGGGGCAUAAUGGUAAGUCUAGAAAACCAUUCGCUCUGGACCUGUUCAACUACGUUAAAAUCCCUGCAAGUUCAAAUGGGGCCCCUAGUAUUAUCGCGAAGGCUUCCGAAAAGGCGGGCUUGCCGAUUUCCCAAGAUUGUAACGACCCAUCCGCGCCAGCUAUGGGUUACUUCUACUUAGAUGCCACCAUCAAAGAACGCGGCGAAAGGAAUUCCGCAUACAAGACUUACUUAAGCAGAGACGUGGCUCUCCAGAGGCGUGGGCGCCUUACUGUUUGCACUGGCACAGUUGCAUCGCAUCUAGAGCUCAAUGCUCAAACAGGUGUUGUCAGCGGUGUCCACAUCCGGUCAUCCGAAAAACAAGGAAAGGAUCAAGGUCGCGAGUAUUUCGUGAAGGCGAAACGAGAAGUCAUCCUCUGCUCCGGCGCAUUGUGCAGGCCCCAACUCCUAAUGUUAAGCGGAAUCGAACCCAAAGGCACGGCGGAAAAUCUAGGCAUCCCUCUUGUUAAAGAACUACCAGCGGUGGGCGCCACACUUUCCGACCAUUACAGUUUCCCCGUCCAACUCGAAGUACCCAAAGAAGAAACGCUUCAUAUCCUGGAAUCCGUAUGGGCAAUCUGGUAUUUCUUGCUUUGGAUUUCGUUCGGGAAGGGGUUGAUGGCGUAUACAUGUUGUCUAGGGACCAUUUUCCUCCAAACUAGGGCUAUCGAUCGAAAGACCAUGCAAAUACAAGCUCGCGACGAAAACGGCGCAGAUAACCAGGACGCAUCGCAGUCGCGCAACGUUCCAGAUAUAGAGAUCAUGAUCCUGCCUAGCCAUUGCCUGGAACCAGCUGUCCCGGGGCACACCUUUUUCACCUUAUAUCCUACUGUAGUUCAACCAUAUGGCACGGGUCACAUUGAGCUAGUCGGCAAAGAUCCACUUACCCAUCCUCGGGUAACGCACCCCUUAUUCAGCGACGAACGGGAUGUCGCAGUGGCUCGAAUCGCGAAUUCGGGUUAUCCGUACCCUGCACCAAUCGGUUUUGCUCCCGGCAAUAAUCCAGAUCUCUUAAAUGAGUGGGAAGAGCUUUAUAAAGCUAGUAAGACAAUACCAGACGCCGAGCCAAGAAAAGGCGCGGAAAAGAUCGUCAAGUUGAGCGGUAAUGGAGGCCGGAACAAAACUUGGAAGAAUGUCACAGACGACGAAAUCGACGAUUACACGAGAAGAAUCAGCCAGACGAGUCUACACUAUUCGCGCACGUGUCCGAUGUCUAAGGAUGAGAAGACCGGGGUCGUAGAUCAACAACUUCGUGUGCAUGGAUUCAAGAAUUUGAGGAUCGCAGACGCCAGUGUAUUCCCUAGAAUCACUAGUGGCCAUACUAUGGCGCCGACCAUAAUGGUUGCCGAGAGGUGCGCAGAUUUCGUCAAGGGUUUUUGGGGUAGGCAAAAGUCAGAGUAAACAGAGGUCAGCAUGUUAGAUAGAGCUUGGACAUAGGACGCAAGUGAGGUUGAGAUAUAAGCCAAGCGAAUGUAUUUAAAUCGUAACCUUGUAAUCCCUUAGAAUAUCACUUCCAAUCAUAAGAGAAACAAAUUACUUCUCUAGCUUCGCAUGCCGCGAUUUCGAUUACAAGAAAUUGAAUUUAAGCCUUUGCGACCAUCCCAAGGAUUGCCUCUUCGACCUCCUUAGGGUUGGUAGCGUUUAAGAAAUGGGCACCGCCGUCAAUCAAGUCAAGC